CUUUCCUCCAUCGGGGCGGUGACGAGCGCGUGCAUGGGCGGACGCGCGCGCGGCGGUGGCGCUGCUGCUGCUGCUAAUAUCCGCCUCCCUAAAAGCGAGGGUAGCGGCGGUGAGGGCGACCGGCCUCGGGCAGGGGAGAACCUCGGUUUUAUCUUUUUGCUCGGCAGCUUUUAAAGUCAACAAAUACCCAAACCCCCCACCGCGCCCACGGCAACGAAAAGCUCAUCAGUCUACUCACAGUCUACUCAUACCUGACAACUAUAUUAAAAAUGGCUGCUAGUAAAGCAAAAAGUCAAAGCUCUCUUGCCCUUCACAAAGUAAUCAUGGUUGGUAGUGGAGGCGUGGGCAAAUCAGCACUUACACUUCAGUUUAUGUAUGAUGAGUUUGUUGAAGACUAUGAACCAACCAAGGCUGAUAGUUACAGAAAAAAAGUUGUUCUAGAUGGCGAAGAAGUCCAAAUAGAUAUUCUGGAUACAGCUGGGCAAGAAGAUUAUGCAGCUAUCCGAGACAACUAUUUCCGGAGUGGAGAAGGUUUUCUCUUAGUUUUCUCCAUAACUGAGCAUGAAUCCUUUACAGCCACAGCAGAAUUUAGAGAACAGAUUCUCCGUGUAAAAGCUGAAGAGGAUAAAAUACCAUUACUAGUAGUGGGAAACAAAUCAGACUUGGAGGACCGUCGACAAGUGCCUGUAGAAGCUGCUCGAAGUAAAGCAGACGAGUGGGGGGUGCAGUAUGUAGAGACAUCAGCAAAAACAAGAGCAAAUGUAGAUAAGGUAUUUUUUGAUUUGAUGCGAGAAAUUAGAUCCAAGAAAAUGUCAGACAAUAAAGAUAAGAAUGGCAAAAAAAGCAGCAAGAACAAGAAGAGUUUUAAAGAACGAUGUUGCUUAUUGUGAUCUUUAAGAGCUACACUUAUAGGUGACAGUACUAACAAGACAUUUUACUACUAACAAUAGAGGACUGAAUUAAUAAGAAGAAAUCUGAAUUCAAUACAUUUUUUCAACUCACAUUGAUAUAAGAAUAGAAGUUCAACAGAUCUGUGUAUACCAAGAAGAUGAUUCUUGAAAGCAGCUGUCACUGGUAAACAGUAAUGCAAGCAUUUGUUUUCCUUUUAUCAUAAGCAAUUUAUCUGUUAGUCAUAUGGCGCACUCUGAAUUUACCUCCGAAUGCUGUUCCAAGGGCACUCCUCAACAACUCUUCACCAUCCUUUUUUGUUUAAAUGGCAAGUUUUCACUGGUGUUCCACCAAAGUUACCUGUCUUUUCUUUGUGUCUUCGUUUUGUGUACUCUUAAAAGGCUUAAGCCUUCGGUGAUUUUUUCUUUUUUAAACCACAAGUUGACAAAAUUGUAUAGUGCUGCUUAAAAUAAGUUACGGUGGUGUCAGUUUUGCUGUUUUGCCAACAUAUUAGACGGACAGUGUAAGGCUUUAUCUUUAAAAAGAACUUAAGCAGUGAGUUAGCAUUUCCAUAAUGACUGUAGUAAAUUUCAGAACAUUACUAAUUAUAUUCUGGCAAAUUAUACCAUCUUAAAUUGGGAGCAAUUUAUCUGUUAAAUUAACUAGGCAUCUUGAGGCAGAGGAGUUUCUAAGCUUAACCUAAUUUUUCAGUACAUUCGUUGAGGUACUGAAAAAUUACAGUUCAGGAUUGUGAUAUUUGAAAUCCAAGACAUAUGAAUGACAUCAAGCUAGAAAUUUUUGGUUUAUUCCAUUGAGUAAUUCUAUCUUUCCUCCCAAAAGCUUGGUUUCCUCCCAAAACGUGGACAUUUUUACUCAUGGUGUUGUGAUGGUUCGUGGUCAUGUAUUGAAGCCAUAGUGUUUGCUACAUUUGGUCUCAAUGUUUAACAGAAGAAGGGUAUUUUUUUUUUAAUGUGAAAGUUCACAUUCUGUAGUUUCAUGAAUUGGAUACAGUCCUUGUUUUAAAAGUGGGUGGUUAAAAAAAAAAGUCCACCCGUCCUUAUCCUGCACUUACUCCAUUUGAAUGAUAGGAAAAAAAAUUAAGAAACUUGUACAGAAAAUGUUUCUAGCAGUUUGUUUGAACCAGAUGCAUUAUUUCCUUUCUCCCAUGAGAGUUGUUGGUAUCUGCCUAGGAGAUACCAAGACAUGGAAUUCCACUCCUGAGCGAGCACUCACUCCCUACUGUUUUCCACAUUAUGGAGCAGUGGUGGCUAAGUUAAAAAGAUGGAGAUGGACAAUCUUUUCAUAUAUCUAUAUCUAAGUUAAUAAUGAGUUGCUAAAAAGUCUGACCCUUGCUUUCCUUCUACAAGAAUUUUUUACAGUUAUUCACUGGAUAAUGGGAUAAAAGUUUGUAAAGACAGCUAAUUUUAUUCAGUUAACUAUUUUUUCUUCUUUUGUCACUAUUUGAUCAUUAAUGGGGUAAAUAAAAAUAGCAUGUAGAAGUAUAUCAUUACACUUUUAAAAAUAGCUACGGCCAAUUCAUUAAACCAUUCUUUCUAAAUUUGGUGCUCUUUUAAACUGUAAUUUUCUUCAUUUCCAAACAGGAUGUGAGAGGAACUCUCAAAAAGCACCAAGCUGGAGAAAAUUCUGUUGAGCAGAUAUAUUUUAUAUAAAUGCUCUUAUCUGGUCAGUCAUAAAAAAGUACUUUUUCAGAUUAUAGAGUACUUUCUUUCAAAAUUCCAAGAAUCGGCAUGCAUCAGGAUGCUUUGGAAGAUUUAGAAUAUCUAGUUUAGAUCUGGGCAUGCUUUAAGAGAGAGGGAGUUUUAAGAAUUGGGGUUACGAUACCACAUAAAACCAAGUCACAUAAAUCAAUGAGCCAGCAUUCUGUCCCUUCACCUCAGUGUUUUGUUGUUGUUUUUUUAAAAAAACGUUUUGGAAUUGUUAUGUCUAUGUUGGAGUAUAUACACUGUUUUCAUUUAGUAUGUGGCAUGAAACCACUUGGAUCAUUUUCAGCAAAGGUUCUGGAAGGCUCGAGAAAAGAGGCCUGUGCCGCAUUUCAUAUGGUCCUAUAUCCAUGACUUGAAAAAGUGAUAAAGCAGCUGUUUCAGAAAUAAGCAACAUUGGAAAAUAGGGAAAUAAACAGGUAGCAUUAUGAAGAGGAAGAAAAAUACAACCAUGUCUGGAUAUUUUAAAAGUUGAAGGUUAUAUCUGAGAAUAAAGAUUAGAUUUAUCAAUUAAGAUUAUUUGGAGAAAAAAAAACUGAUAAUGCUAAAAUAAGAAACCUAUAAAAAAGUUUUAUUUACUUUAUAUUGGCAUAUUUACUUUAUAUUAGCAUAAUAAAACAGUGCUAAAUGAUGUAUGAAUGUAUAAGCUGAAGCAAAUAUAUCCAGUUCACAUAUUGUUACUGUGGGUUAGAGAAAGCAGGAUGUGACUAAAUAUGUUUAUGGGAUCUGGCAAGACAAAUAAAAUACCACAGAUUGCUCUUCUAACAAUCAAAGUAUGAACGCUGUUCAGUGUCAUCUAUCCUAAAUACAGAUGGAGAUAUCAUAAUUUUCAGAUACGGAGCUUUCAGUAACAAAGCAUUCUUUGGGGAUAUAGUUUUGAUAGUUACAACAAUCUGAAACCUGUGGAUUUCAUCUUCAACAGGGAUGGGCAGUAUGUAACCUUCCAGAUGCUGCUGUAUGUCAGCCCCAGUAAUCGUAGCAUAUGCUAGCUAACAGGAAGGGACACAGGUGUUGCAAAACCCUCUUUGGAGGACCAAAAGUUGCUCAACCCCAAGCGAGAUGUUUUAUGUUGAUGAUACAUAGAAGCUUUCAGAAAUCAUGAAGGAAGGUAGAGCUUCACAGCAAUCUCUGAAAUAGGUAAACAUAACUACAAUGAGAAAUCUGAACAAAAAGAACCUUGGUAACUUUUUUUUUAAAAAAAGUUAGGGGAUUUACGCAAUAAAGCAAGCAAAAAGAUACAUGUCUCUCCGGUUUCUAUAUGUAGAACAUGAUUUAAUAUUGCAAUUGAAUUACUGUAGAAGGAGCUCUAGAAAUUUACUGGGGAAAAUAACUUGCACAGUUUAGGCAUUACUUUAACAUUUUGUUUUUAAUCUUUGCAAGUGCCUCAAAAUCACUUGUGUGAGAUUCAUGCCCAUAUAAAUUUAGGCAUACAUUCAGGGUUUAGAAUGGAAUUUGAGGAAGGCUUUAGUUUUUGAAACAUCCAUAUGAGCCUGGCAGUUACAGAACUGUUGUAACUCUUUAAGAGAGAUACUUCUUAAUAUACCUUGCAAACCGCUUCUUUUUCAUGCUUUGUAUAGCCUUAAUACUCUGAUCCACAGGUGUCAAACUCGCCUCGUCAUGUCGCCAUCAUGUAACAUUUUGCAAUGGUUUUUUCCCUUUGCAGAGCUGGGGUGGGCGUGGCCUGUGCACGAUACACCUGGCCCACAGGCCACCAACUUGACACCCUACUCUAAUCCUUUAUUCAGUGGAAAUUUAUUCCAAUGUCGGAACUGCUUGCUGCCUAAAUUCAUUAAAUUAAACUUGUUACCCUGUAAUGUCUGAAAAAUGGAGCAAUUGAUUUAGAAGUUGUUUACUUUAAAAGACAGUCUGUAAAAUCAGUAUUAUUUAACAUUGUUUAAGAAUUAAACCAUGAUUUCGCUUGGGUUCUUCAGUUGUUGAAUUAUAAUUCCCAGCAUCCCUCAUCCUUGCCUAUGCUGCUUUGGUUUGUUACAAAUUCAGAUUCUGCAUUUCCUGGCAUAAUUGUUUGGCUGCUUAUACUAAAGUGUUUAAUGAACUUCUAAUAGCAAAUAGUGCACAUUCUUCAGAGGAUUUGAAAUGUGAUAGCAUCAGUGACUGUAUAUUCACAACAAUUGGAGACAGUAAACAUAUAGGAAGAUGUCUCACAAUGACUCACAUCAUUGGAUCUAACCCAGUAUUAGUCCUACUCUGAGCAGCAGCUGUCCAAAAUUCCUUAUUUCUCACUUGAAAUAAGUUACGAAUUUUGGUAUAUGUAAUUUGGUUUUUAUUAAGUAUACAAAUGAAUGUAUUUUUCUCCUGCUUCUGAAUGCAUUUUUCUCCUGCCUAUAAACCAGCUGUUGGGAAUCUGGAUCUUUAGGAUCUUUAGGAGCAUAGGACCUAUUUCUAAACUUUAUCCAUUCUAGGAAUUAUAGGAGAUGAAGUCGUCUCAUACUUGGAAAAAUCAUGUUUGAGCUGUAUUUAUAAAAGCAUCUGUAGAAAUUGGAUUCUACAUACAUGGCAAUUAAUAAACAAACUAUACAUGGUCCCACACACUCAUUUUUGCAUUUAACUAUUAUGUAGUUUGAGUUGAAUUUCUGUGCUUAUUUUAUAAAUAUCUUACCGACCAACACCAGUUGUUGGUAACAAAAAACAGGUUGUGAGCAUGACACUCAUUCCAUAAAGUAGUUGAUCAAAACAUUUGCAAUAUUAAAAUUUAGUUAUAAUUAGGAAGUAAUUUUUAAAGACCCCAAAUUAUUUGUUCAAAACUUUUGUAGAAAAGAGAACUCAGAAGUAUAUUUUCUUGUAAUAAAACAAACCCUGAGCUACAUUAGAGGGAGAAAAACUAAUGGAUACUUACAAACUAAUAUUAAUUACAGUAAUUUCUAGUGAACUCUCCUUCAUUUUAUGUCCAUAAAAUAGUUUUGCAGACUCUAUAUAGCUAGUUGUGCAAAAUCAGAAAUGAACAGAAAUGAAAUUUGAACAAAAUAUUUUUUAAUCUUUAGAUGUAAAAUAUUAAACCAAACCUUUUGAAAUUUAAUCCUCUAUAGUUUAUAUCUUUUCAAAAAUCCAAAUUACAAUUUUGUUUUCAUUCUCAUGCUGAUUCCUAUCAUUAAAAAGGAAAACAGCUAUUGUGAACAAAAUGUAAUUUCUAUCAAAGCUCACAGAAAUAAUAUAAAAACAUUCUAUUAGAAUAUUGGAACAUUCAGACUCUUAAUUUCUAUAUAUACACACCUUAUACUGAUACAUACUAACCAAACUAUAUAGAAUAUAAACUGCUUUUAUUACAAUCUUGCUCCUCCAAAAUACUUUCACGUGUCUUCCUGCAACUCUUCUGAUUCACAGAUAUUAUUCUUUUCCAUGUUAUGUGAUGUAGCGCCACCAAUGAUGAUUACAUUAUGUAUAAAUGAAGUUACUCUGGUUUGUCUGCAAAUGAUGGUAAAGAAACCCUAUUGAUAUGAAAGUUACUUCAGUAUUAUUUAUAAAAUAUUAUGUUUUAAGUGUUUGAAUUAUCUUUUUCAACUUUAAAUUGAACAGCAUUUAAAAAAAUCCUCGAUGCACAGCUGGAAAAUGUAUAUGUAUGGUUCCGAAUGAGAAUGGAAUUGAAAUGAAAAGUGACAUAACAGCAUAAUAAAAUUCUAACUUCUCCUCUGAGAAGGCUUUGUGAGA